AAUUGCGAACGAAAGUUAUAAACAGGAAUAUCUCUGUAGAAGAAUUUGCGAGAAUGAGUGCCGAGGAAAUGGCAUCACCUAAACGUCGUCGCACCAAUGAACUAUUGCGUAAACAUGCUCUUGACAAGACUGUUGUGACGUCAGAGUCAAAUCCUAUCAAAGCAACUGAGCCCGGUGUGUAG